AUGGCUCGGCCAGUCGCAAGCCAGCCGUGUCAUCGUGAACGGUUCGCAGCUUCCGAACGCUCUCAAUACUUAGGGCAUUCGAUGAUUACGCGCUACACUGAUCAUUCGGGCACGUUCGCAAACUUGUCAAAUUAAAGUAUUUCGUGCAUUGACGCGUCACGUGCUCCUUCGGACUGUGUUAAUGAAUGUUUUGUGAUUUUUGUGUUUCGAACUCGUAGUGGUUGCCGGUUGUUGUCCGCCGGUUCAGUAUUAGAUCUCGUGAUGAGAACCGCGCGCAGCUAGCUCGUUCAUAAUCUCCGUUGGCGGGUCGUCGCGGGGGUGCGCGGCAGUUAGCGGGGUGGCUCUUCACGGGGGGUGGGGGCGGGCAGCGCCUGCGCCCGCGCACGCCGCCACCACGCUGGUGGGGGGCUUGGUGGCGCCGCCGCGGGAACCCACCACGGCGGCCGAAGCUUUCUGGAAGAUGCCUCAUAAAGGUGAUUAUGAACUCAUGCACAGCGCAGCGAUGGGGGGCGGAGCCCUAUUCGGGUGUUCGUCUGCCGGCCACAGCGGCAUCAACCAGCUCGGCGGGGUGUACGUCAACGGGCGGCCCCUGCCGGACUCGACGCGGCAGAAGAUCGUGGAGCUGGCGCACUCCGGCGCGCGACCUUGCGACAUCAGCCGCAUCCUGCAGGUCUCCAACGGCUGCGUGUCCAAGAUCCUCGGCAGCUUCACACGCAGAUAUUACGAGACGGGGUCGAUCAAGCCCCGCGCCAUCGGGGGUUCCAAGCCCAGGGUCGCCACGACCCCAGUGGUCCAGAAGAUUGCCGACUACAAGCGGGAGUGUCCCAGUAUCUUCGCCUGGGAGAUUCGGGAUCGCCUGCUCAGUGAGAACGUGUGCAAUAACGACAAUAUUCCUAGUGUAUCAUCAAUAAACCGAGUGCUCCGCAAUCUGGCGUCGCAAAAAGAACAAGCUGCGUCGGCGCAAAACGACAGUGUGUACGAGAAACUGCGCAUGUUCAACGGCCAAGCGGCCACGGGCUGGUGGUACCCGGGGUUACCGACUGCCCCCGCGGCGCCGGCCAUACCUGCCCCUUUACCGCCUCAGUUGAAUAGGACGAACUCUGAAGAGCACAAACGAGACGCCCUCCAAUCAGAAGCGGGAUCUGAUGGUAACAGCGAACACGCGUCUUCAGGAGACGAGGACUCGCAGUUGAGGCUACGACUGAAGAGGAAGCUGCAGAGGAACCGGACUUCCUUCACCAACGACCAGAUUGAUAGCCUUGAGAAAGAGUUCGAGAGAACGCACUACCCCGACGUGUUCGCUCGCGAACGACUAGCAGAAAAGAUCGGAUUACCUGAGGCACGUAUCCAGGUUUGGUUUUCGAAUCGGCGAGCGAAAUGGCGACGAGAAGAGAAACUCCGAAGCCAACGUCGAGACGCGCCGGCUGCGUCGCCCCCCGCCCCGCCCGCACCCCGCCUGCCCCUCAACGGAGGCUUCAACUCCAUGUACAGCCCUAUCCCACAGCCUAUUGCCACAAUGGGAGAUUCUUAUAGUUCGAUGUCGGGUGGUCUGACGUCGUCAUGUCUGCAGCAGCGAGACGGAGGAUACCCGUACAUGUUCGGGGACGUCCUCGGCAGCGGCGGGUACUCCCGAGCGCCUGCCGCUCACCAGCAGCACGCCGCCUACAGCCAGCCCCAAGCCGCCGCCAGCACUGGUGUAAUAUCGGCGGGUGUGAGCGUGCCUGUGCAAAUACCUUCGCAAGGGCCGGACCUCGCGUCGAACUACUGGGGACGACUUCAGUGAUCUCAGCUCUUCGGGUUCCCGCAUCGACUGCUCUCGAUGCCCGAGAACCCGAACAACGUGCCCGAGUCGCCAUCUAGCGGCGACAUCGCGCACAACUACGCCGACUUGUCUAUGAACGCUCUAAAUAUGACGGCGGGACACGACAGUGUUUUGGCGGGAGAAAUUCAAGAACAAAACAGUUCUGUAUCAUAAAUUGAGUGAAUUACCAGUGAAAACAGUGCAUUUGAAUGACACAAUGAUAAAUUAAGAAGCAACUGAUGAUGUUCAAAGGUAGACGUAAGAACACAUAGGCAUUGAAUUGUAUUAUUUUUAUUCCGAUUCAUUUAGGUAAUCAUUAUAUUGUGUAAUGUACAGAAUAAGUUUAGUUAUGUAGUACAAAUCAAUGCCUUGUGACAAAAAUAGUAAGCUAGAAACAAGAAAAAUUGUAAAUAUAGAUACGCGCCAUCUAUUGUUGAGUAGUGGAAGGUUUUAACCGCCAGCGUCUCUCGCGGCGACUGCCGGAAAUAAAAUGUAAAUUGUUUGUGCCAACGUUUGUAUAAUUGAGUGUUGCGCCCUUUACAAGCACAACCCUUUUCUUUGAUGUAUGCAUUGGGGUGCAAAACAUUAAUUCUGUAGAGGAAAAAACUGCAGUAAGCUUCGUUACAGCGAUUUGUUUCACACCCCAACCCCUCGAGCUGUCAUACGAACUAAUCAUGUUUGUAUUAUUGUAUAGUAAAAUUAACACUAAUAGGUGUUGUGACUGUCGUACCGAAAUUUGUUUAAAGCACGGCCCUUGAAACGAAUUAAUUUAUAUUAUUUAUUAAUUAAAAUAAGAUCAAUAUUGCUGUGAUUAAAAUUUAGUAAGUAAUGACAUUUUACGUCAAAAGUUUGGGAAAUUCAAUGAGUGACAUGUACAAAAUUGUAAACAAGACUUCACCGUAUAUAAAAUAUUAAACUGUAAAAUAUUUUGCUCCGAAAAAUAUUCUGGUGCUGGUCUGCACAACUGUCUCAUCUAUUUAUAUGUACAUUAUAUUUUUAAAUAAAUGCAAUAUGGAGGACGUGGUAUAGGCGUAACAGUAAUGUAUGUAAAAUAACAUAGAUUUUAAGUGUAAAAUAAAUUAUUAUUAUAAUCUAUUAUAAGUGCAUAUAGAUUGAGAAGAUUACCUACGGUGAAAUUUAAUAAAUAUUGCAUUAACCAUUGCUUUUUGUUUCAUUAAAAUAUGGAUAUUUUUCGAUAAAAAAUUU